AUGGACUUGACACCCCAGCCCACGCCGUCUUUGGGACGGAGCAUCCCAGCCAACUCACCCUACUCACUCAUCUGGUCCCUGCCCGAAUGGCAGCACAACGUUACAAUCGGUGAGGGCAAAGCGGCGACCUUCGCAGGAAAAACGGAGACGGUAUAUCCCCGUUUCGGUACCCAUCCACAGGUUGCCAAAGUAAGCGUUCACACACUUUCGUUUUUUAUUCCGUCUGAUCACGCCGAUGAGCUUGCAACUAUCAUCUCCGCUGCUCUAGAUCCCGUCGAAAAAAAAGUUAUGCUGCUCUUUCCUUGCCGUCAGUUCGCGGAAGAGCUCCGCCGUUACAUGCAGCAGACGCUGCCAUCGGCCUCUUGUGAUAUUCAGUCCGCUUCGUCCGUGGCGAAUCCUCCCCCAGGACACGAGAUCUACGCGGCGUUUCUGUCUGUAGAGCGGUCGCAAGUGAUGAGCUUCCAUAUCUUCAGCGGCACUGGAAUAUCCCCACGGCUGGCGAAUGUCUGUCUUCGGCGUCUAGAAGGAAUUGAAGAGCCUGCUCUGAUUCCUGUGCCUAAUGAAGGUCAUCUCUUCUCGGAUUACUACAAACGACAUGCGCCGUUGCGAUCUGCUGCCGAUGCGAAGAGGGCGAUCCGGACUCGGUUCAGUGGAGUCCUCGAGGACGGGACCAACAUUCGAGGAGUUGCAUCGGCCUCUCCUGAGGACGUGUACCUGUAUCCUGCCGGGAUGCAUGCGUUAUGGAGAGUGAGCCAGAUGAUUUCUGCCGUCUUAGGCAGCAAGAACAGCACUGCGAAGGUUGCUCAUGUCAACUUGAUCUACGCCGACUCCUAUCGCUUUCUGCAACUUCCAGACAGCCCGGGAUACCACUUCUUUAGCAACGACACGCUUGAUGAUUUAGAGGCUCUCCUCGAGUCCGGAACCCCAGACUCUCCAGCCAUCCUGGCAUUGAUGACCGAAGUCCCGGGGAAUCCCCAUCUGCGCACCCCUGAUAUCAAGAGACUGCGUCGACUCGCGGACAAAUACAACUUUCCCAUCGUGGUCGACGAGACUGUAGCUGGGUACCUCACUGUCCAGGUCUUUCCCUACUGCGAUGUUGUCGUGGCCAGUCUUUCGAAGCUCUUCAGUGGACUGGCGAAUGUACAAGCCGGCGCGGUCAUGUUGAAUCCCGACUCUCGCUUCUAUCCCCGAUUCAAAGCGUACUUGCAAGACACCUACCUCGAUUGUUUCUUCGACCAAGAUGCACUCAUUUUGGAGAUGAACUCCCGUGAAUUGGCUGAGCGAUUUUCCGUGGUCAACCGGAAUGCCGAAGCUGUUGCGGAUGCGCUGUACUCUCGUUCGUUGGCCGGCGGUGCGACGGACUCUGUUAUACAAGAGGUCCAUUACCCUAAAUAUCGCACAAGAGAGAACUACGAGCAAUUGAGAAAUCCUCUGGCAGCCAAAGCUGGAUUGAGUCAUCCCGGCUACUCCCAUCUGCUUUCUGUGACAUUUACGUCGUUGGAAGCAGCCAAGAUCUUCUACGAGUCUCUGAAAUGCCCCAAAGGUGCCACUCUGGGAACUGUGUUCACGCUUUCCACGGCAUUCUGUGCUUUGGCCUUUGCUCCCGAUAAGCUGGAUUGGAUGCAAGCACACGGUAUCGAGCCUUUCUUGGUACGCCUGAGCAUUGGAAUGGAAGAAACGGCUGAGAUAUUGCGAGUGGGAAUGCACAUUGUGCAUGGCAUACCGGCAUAUGACCAAGAUGGCAGACUCAUUGCACCAGAGGACUACAUGUCCAAACUGCAUGGUACGACUGUGAUGCUGACAAUGAACCGAUCUCACAUCGCCUUCCAAUCGAAGAAGGAAGAUUUGGUAUCUGCCGAUAUUGUCAAGAUGUGCAUAGUAGCUAACCAGUCUACUGCGCCGAGCCCCUUGAAGCGUGGGAAGCUGGCACUGCAUGACAGCAAAGGUGAAGAGGAGCAGAGCCCAACUAAGAAGAGGUGCUCAGUUUAUGCUCAAACAGCGCACUGUUCCCAGGCACUCUCAAUGAACGCAAUCCCGCAGCCGACUCCGUCUUUGGGACGGAGCAUCCCAGCGGACUCGCCCUACUCGCUCCUCUGGUCUCUGCCCGAUUGGGAGCACAAUGUCAUCAUAGCCGAGGGCAAACGGGACACAUUCGAAUGGAAGUUGGAGACGGCGUACCCUCGGUUCGGGACGCAUCCCAGGGUUGCCAAAGUGCGCGUUGAAUCUCUCUCGUGCGAGAGCGUGUCUAUUAACGCCCAUCAGCUUGUCGCUAUCGUCUCCGCUGCGCUGGAUCCAGUCCAAAAGAGGUUUCUGCUGCUCUUUCCCUGUCGCCAGUUCGCGGAGGAACUCCGUCAUUACAUGCAGCAGACGCUGCCAUCGGCCUCUUGUGAUAUUCAGUCCGCUUCGUCCGUGGCGAAUCCUCCCCCAGGACACGAGAUCUACGCGGCGUUUCUAUCUGUGGGGCGCUCGGAAAUAAUGAGCUUCCAUAUCUUCAGCGGCACUGGAAUAUCUCCACGGCUUGCGGAUGUCUGUCUCCAGCGUCUAGAAGGAAUUGAAGAGCCUGCUCUGAGUCCCGUGCCUGAUGAAGGGCAUCUCUUCUCUCAUUACUACAAACGGCAUGCGCCGUUAUCUUCUGUGGCCGAGGCAAAGAAGGCGAUCCGGACUCGGUUCAGUGGAGUGCUGGAGGAUGGGACCAGCAUCCGAGGCGUAUCUUCAGCCUCCCCUGAGGACGUCUACCUGUAUCCUGCCGGGAUGCACGCAGUCUGGAGAGUGAACCAGCUGAUUUCUGCCGUUUUGGGAAGCACGAACAAGACUGCAAAAGUUGCUCAUGUCAAUAUGCUCUACGCUGAUUCGUACCGUAUUCUGGAACUUCCAGAUAACCCAGGAUAUGACUUCUUCAGCAACAACAUGCUCGACGAACUGGAGGUGCUACUCGAAUCCGGGACCCCUGACUCGCCGGCUAUCCUGGCCGUCAUGACCGACCUCCCCGGCAACCCUCACAUAGAAACACCUGAUCUUGAGAGACUGCGUCGGCUCGCAGACAAAUAUAACUUCGCCGUCGUCGUUGACGAGACCAUCGCCGGCCAUCUCAAUGUUCAAGCCUUGCCGUACUGCGAUAUCGUCGUGGCCAGUCUUUCAAAGCUCUUUAGCGGAUUGGCGAACGUACAAGUUGGCGCGAUUAUGUUGAAUCCCGACUCUCCAUUUUACUCUCGCUUCAAGAUGCAUCUGCAAGACACCUACCGCGACUACUUUUUUGACCAAGAUGCCCUUAUCCUGGAGAUGAACUCGCGCGAAUUCGUUGAACGCACUGCCGUCGUCAAUCGUAACGCAGAAGCUGCAGCUGAUGCCCUGUUCUCUCGUUCGUUGGCCGGCGGUGCGACAAACUCGGUUCUUCAGACGGUUCUUUAUCCUAAGUACCGCUCGCGGGAGAACUACGACCGAGUGCUCAAUCUUUCGGCAGCUAAAGCUGGAUUGGCCGAUCCCGGCUAUUCGUAUCUGCUGUCGCCGAUAUUCACGUCGUUGGAGGCAGCCAAGGCCUUCUACGAGUCCCUGCAGUGUUCUAGAGGUGCUACGCUAGGCACUGUAUUCACGCUUGCCACAGCAUUCAGUGCGCUGGCCUUCCCGCCUGAUAAACGCGAGUGGAUGCAAGCACAUGGGGUGGAGCCUUUCUUGGUUCUGUCCUCUCCGUCUCCUGCUACUCGAGUCCUCAGAAUGUAUGCGCGGCUCUCGGCACUCGUUGUGCUACACUACGCAUUGAGUGUACUCGCGUCCAAGCACCUGUCUUUAGCAGAUGCGGCGCUUGCGAGCAUUUUGGCCGACGGGGCCCCAAUUCUUGGUUUCGAUCAUGGCUGCUCUCAGCGGGAAAAGACAUGCGACUGGAUGAGAAACUACCCCGAUCACACAAAGCUCGUUCACAUGAACCUCCCUGGCACUCAUGACUCGUCGACAUGGAACUACACUCAAGCCACCCAGGAUGCGUUCUUCGAGUACACUGGGACUGGAAUUCCGCCCGCUGUGUCGUUCCAGUGCCAGAACAGUUCGCUCUUCGAUGCCCUCAAUAAAGGGAUCCGAGUGUUUGAUAUGCGCUUCGCAUACAAUCCCGGAAAUGUGGAGCUGGGUUUCCAUCACAGUCAGGCCGUGUUGGCUCCACACACAACAGUCGAAGAUGUCUGGUUUGGUCUCUAUAGCUGGUUGGACAAACAUCCUUCCGAAGCUAUACUUUUAUCGCUCAAUUACGAAGGAUCGACGGGCACUCCGCGCGAUCUGCAGCUCGAAGAACAUAUACACGACAUCAUGACAAGCGAUCUCGCCCAACGCUACUGGGUGCAAGCCAACGGCACGCUCGGAACACUGGGAGAGGCGCGGGGCAAGUUGACCUUCCUCCAGCGCUUCAGCUACGACUUUCUCCCCUCCAAUGCUAGCAGCCUCGGGAUUCAGCUUGAUCCCUCGGCAUGGCAUGACGACCAGGCCAAUAUUGAGAUUGUCUACAACCAAGCGGAGAAGCAGAUCGCGUAUAUUGAGGACUAUUAUGAGCCCGAUGAUCUCGGCACCGGCGCUGGCUAUGCUGCGAACAUCCAGGCCAAAUUCAAGGCAACGACCGAACACAUCGAAAACGCAACAAAAUACAAUCCGGACCAGUUGUACUGGUCGUUUGCUAGUGCAGAGCACGACCUCGACACCCCACCGGUGUGGCCUGUGAUCAUGGCGCUCGGAAACGGAACCCGAACUCCAGGAGUGAACCAGCUGCUCUUACCCUGGCUUCAGGCACGCAAGGGUAAACGAUUCGGCAUCGUUAUGCUCGACUUCUUCGACUCGAUUCCAGGUCUUGUCGAAGCGGUUAUCGGAAUUUAAGACAUAUACCAAGUACGAUAAACUAUGAAUGCAAAAUAAUCACGCACAUCACGCGGCCAAUAUCUGCCAAUCGAUGCCAGCGUCUGGCCCAUACCUUUCUUCAAGCCAUUCGUUCGCCUUGCGAAAAUGGCCGUUACCCAAGAAGCCACGAUGGGCAGAGAGCGGAGAUGGAUGGGGGGAUUCCAGAACAAGAUGUCGCGUCUACGAAUGCUGAGGUAGGGCUUUGAACGAAGAUAGCCUGCGCACCUUAUCAACACCCACUUUCUGAACAAUCUUCUGGGCUGGCAAUCCCCAAGCCAUGAACACAACACCGCGCUCCUUGGAGCGAGCUAACACGCAUCGUAGCACUGCACGUGUGAGAUCCUCCCAACCCUUGUUUGCAUGUGAAGCGGCGCUAUGGGCGCGAACGGUAAGAAUUGAGUUGAGCCAAAGGACACCUAGAGACGCCAGUUGCGAGAGGUCCCUGGCGAUGCGUUAGGCACGCGUCGUCGCGAACUGUCCCUGGGCGCACCCUGAUUUAGGGGGUACGAAGGAUGGAUAGUCGUUCUGGAUCUGCUUGUAGAUGUUCCUCAAGGACGGGGGGAUCUUUGUUGGAGGCAGCACAGAGAAUGAAAGCCCUUGAGAUCACUGAACAUUUGGUUGGACAUAGAGAGUUCGAUCACUUGCCGUGGGCUUGUCCAAUAUCAUGAUAUGGGUCUUGGCCCAGUAUUACUACCUUGACAGAGUCCAACGGUGUGAGACGCGACCAUGAAUAGAUGUUCCCAACUAAAUCUUAGUUCAGAGGCAAACAGAUGCAGCAAAAGGGAGCGCAACUAGCGGGAAAGAUCGUCUGUGACUUGAUCUCCGCUUCGAGGAACUUCUUCAGCUGUCCGAAUGUUGAACGGAUAGGUUGUGCUGCGCAGACGGAGCACACAGACCUUGAUAAAGUAAGGCUUUUCGAACUCGGGAUUCAGCACUUCAAUCCAACUAGCGUGCAUCGUGUCCCGUUCCAGAAAUUCAACAGUGAUCGACUGCAGCACCGUUUGAGUCGAGGGGCCCUCGCCCUUGUCUGGGGAUUGAGCCUCGUCUGCGGCUACAUCUAGAGCAGCCACUGCUUUUGUAACUCGGCUGACGGUUCGGAUGGGCCGAGUCGGCUGCCCUUUUGCGACUUUGAGCGUCUUGGGCAUGGUUAUGCGGAGAAAGCGGGAUGUCAUGUGUGCUUGGUGUUGUGUACGCGUUGCUUGUCGCUGUGUUAAUCAAGAGUAUGGCUGUGCACACGCGUCUGGAAUGGUUUCCCGCCUUAGAUGAUGUCGACGCGUGCGUUUAGAUUCCAAUUUGCGAACUUGGCUCCUUGAAUGCAAGAAACGUGUCUUGAUCUACUUCUAAUCCUGUUUGUGUCUUUCCCACUGUCAAUCCGACUGCCUUACUUUUGCGAUAAUGUUCACCGUUGUGCGGAUGUCUCAGUUACCCGCCACGUCUCACUUGCAGCGCCCCCGACGGCGCCCCAAUCUCCGGUCUCUGCGCUGACACUCACUUUCAACUUGAACACCAACACUGAUCUCCCCCAUGUCUGCUGCAUCGUCUCCCCUGCUUCCGGCUUCCGCUGCGUACGACGUUAAAUACUGCACUCUCUGCGACGCCUACUUCUACAGCCUUGACAUGCUCAGGGAUCACAUCCAAGGUUCGAGCAGACACCCCAGAUGCUCUGAGUGCGAUAAGCGCUUCCUUAACAACAACUCUCUACGAAACCACUAUGUUCUCUCCACCAGACACCAUUACUGCCGUAUCUGCCAGAAACACUUCAAGACUGACGGGGGGUUUCAAGUGCAUCUCGAACUCGUUCACGGAGAAAGCGAUGACGAAGAUGACGAGCUUCGCGAGUUCCCAGACGACUGGGAAGAUCGGAUUGCACGAGAGCGAUACGAUGCUCUGUACGGCUCUGAGAUUCCUCUUCCUGCAGAGGAUCUCAGAGCGAAGCCUCGGCCUGCUUCACAACCCACUACCACCCCUAAAGCCGGCAACGUGUUCAGACCGCAAUGCCCCAUUUGUCUUUGCAGGCGGAAGAAGACCGUUGCGACACGGUGCGGGCAUGUCUUUUGUUCCCGCUGCAUUCGCCAUGCCAUGGAGCAAGCGUCUGUGUGCCCCACAUGCAGACAGCCCGCUCUCCUCGAGCAGUUGCGCUCUCUUAAGUUCGCCUGAAGUAGGACAGAAUCCAUUAUUCCCACCUGGUCAAUGCAGUGCAUGUAAA